AUGACCUUGGUAUUGUGCUAUCGCAGGCACUUACUAAGAAAUGUGAUCUUAUGUGCGCGUAAAACCGCACCAUGGACUCGCACAAAUGGUUUCCCCUCAUCACUCGCUGUUCAUCAGAGAAGUUUCACCAGUACCAGUUCCCGUUUGAAUGGAGCAGAAGAACAAGUUAACAUUGACACAAAUGGCACCUCUUGGAAAGAAUACAAGGAUAGCAUCGCUUUGCCAAAGUCCAAUCUCGAUCCAUUAAAUCCAUGGGAACAAUUGCAGCCAUUGAAUAUUGGCAAAAGGUUCACUGUUACUGGUUUUCUGCGCAAUAAGAAGCAGCUGGGUAAAGGACUCAUAUUUGCUACAAUAAGUAGAGGGUCUUCAGCAAAUCCAGGAAUUCAGGUUGUUUUAAAAGACAGCCCCGAAGAAGGGAAGAUCAGAGAUGCCUUCAAAAGCUUUAAAGAAAUCAGAGAGCACAGCGCUGUAUCUGUGACUGGAAUUUUACAGUCCAGAAUAAAGAAGCCAGACAAAACGGCAGAAGUUGUGGCCGACUCACUGGCUACUGAGGGAGCUUCCGAUUCGAUUCCUUUGAAACGGUCUCAAUUACUUGCAAAUUUUGACAUCCAUGCCGAAGAUGUGAGAGCAAUCAAUUCAUUUCCUCGAGACAUAGUUGUUGGACCUGCCCAGAAGUUCGGGCCUGAUUCCAGGCAUUUAGAGGUUCGAUUCGAGCCAGAUCUUUAUGAAAGAAUAAUGUUUCGGUCAAAGCUAGCUAAAUUAGUGAGAAAAUAUCUAUAUUCUAUGAGCUUUGAUGAGAUUGAGACUCCCAUCUUAUUCAAAUCAACGCCUGAAGGUGCCAGAGAAUUCCUUGUCCCUACUAGAAAACCAGGCUAUGCAUAUGCUCUACCGCAAAGCCCUCAACAAUACAAACAAAUCUUGAUGGCGAGUGGCGUCACCAAAUAUUUCCAAUUUGCCAAAUGCUUUCGGGAUGAAGAUCUUCGUGCGGAUAGACAGCCAGAAUUCACUCAGAUUGACAUGGAAAUGUCAUGGGCGGAUGGCCAAUAUGUCAUGCAGACAGUCGAGGAGCUUGUAAAGGGCAUACAUGGGCAGAUCGAAUCUGAACAGCUUGAAGUCGUCAAUAAUAUUGAAUUGCCGAAAACGGGGUUUCCAAGGGUGACAUAUGAGGAAGCGAUGUCGAAGCAUGGGUCUGACAAACCCGAUCUCAGAAUUCUGGACUUGAUUCAUCGAGUUGAUUCUAUUAUUCCAGAAAAUCUUAAGGGAAUGAUGACUUCGAUUGAAAAUCCUAUAAUCGAAGCCUGCAAAUUCCGGCUCGAUGGCAAUUCUAGGAAGGUACAACAGUUUAUCUGCAAGUUUAUGGAUUCUGCAGAUGCCGAAGCAUUUCAGAAGAAUCCAGAUGGUCCUCCCGGAAUAUUUAUAUUCGAUCCCAGAAGGCCAUUAGAAGGCCUACAAGCAUUUGGAUUUGAAGGUGCUGAGGCAUUGAAACAACUUUACUCUUCUCUUCCAUCUUCUUCGCACAAUAAUGAUCCACGAGGACAUGAUGCAACAACCACUUUUGACGAAGGAGAUCUACUUAUCCUUCAAGCGCGACCAAAUACUCCUCAUUCGGGCGGUUCCACUACUCUAGGUAAACUCCGGCUCGCGCUCUACAAAGCCGCGAUUUCCGAACAACUGCUUGCUCCUACUCCAGGAUUUCAUUAUCUUUGGGUCACAGACUUUCCACUAUUUACUCUCAAUGCUGCCAAUCCAACCGACCCUGGUCAAGGCGGCACAUCAGGGUUUUCUUCUACCCACCACCCGUUUACUGCUCCUAAAACCGCUGAUGAUAUCGACCUCCUAUUCACCGACCCUCUCGCAGUGACCGCAGACCAUUAUGAUCUUGUUCUCAACGGUGUUGAACUCGGCGGUGGCUCAAAACGUGUUCAUUCAGCUGAGGUUCAAAAAUUCAUUAUGAAAAAUGUGUUACAAAUGAGCGACGAGAGAAUGUCGGAUUUUGACCAUUUAUUUGAAGCGUUAAGGGCUGGUUGCCCACCUCACGCUGGCUUUGCCAUUGGCUUCGAUAGAUGGGUUGCAGUAUUGACAGGAAGAGAAAGUGUAAGGGAUGUCAUAUUCUUCCCGAAAGGAAAUAAAGGCGAGGAUGCCAUGGUGGGAAGUCCGGGACUGAUCACAAGCGAGCAAGAGGAAACAUACAAUCUAAAAUCUAGAUAA